AUGCAAUGGGGCGGUGGGAGGGCAGGGUCCGUCUCUCAUGCCUGGAAAGUAUUUCUGGUGCCCGGCCUGGGACCGGCGUCACUUCGGCCCAUUGACUUCCCCUCCCCGACUCGGCGGGGGCAAUACUGGCCCCUUUCCUCCAUCCAGCCGCCAAGCCUUGCGCGGGAGCUCUGUCCCUCAGUGCCACAGGAACGUGGCGAGGGCACGGCUCCUCAGCCGUGGCCCCUCCGAAGCGGCAGGGGGCGCUAUGUGGAGCCGCCGCGCGCCCUCCGGGCGGGGGUUCUGCCGCUGCUGCCGGAGCGGAGCCGAGGGGAGCCGGCCGGGACCGGGGCCGGGGCCGGGCAGCAGGUGGGUAGUGAGGCCGGGGUGGGCGCAGAGUGCGGGUCGGACUAUCGCGCGGCAAGGGUGGGUGAAGGCUGCCGCCGCGCUACCGGUUCGUUCCCUGCGGACGUGGCCGCUGAACGAGGGGGCGUCUCCGGCACCCUGCUCGUCCCGCAUCCGUCCGAACGUUGCCCCUCUCCGUGCUUGGGCCCGCGGGGCCGGUCCCCGGGCAGAGGCCGCUGGUGCUUGGAGCCUUGGGAAAGAAAAGCCUUCGAGCGGGAAGCGGGGUCCGCCGGGCCCUGUCCGUGGCGGAGGCUGCCAUUGCCGCCGGCUGGCGAGGAUCCAGGAGCCCGGCAGCCGCUGCUAGCAGCCCCUGGGUGGAGGCGGCGGUUGGCCCUGGCGGGACAGUCGCAGGCUAUCCCUGCGACCCGGCCUUGUCCGGCUGCAGGGCAGUGCGGCAGGCAUGAAACACCGAGCUUUAACCUCGACCGCGAGGGCAGGGCCUGCUGCACUGAGGCAGCUCUCAGGGCCUGGGAAUUGCUAGUCGGGUUGUUGGACUGUGGGGUCCUGGCCACAGCGACUGUGGCCAGUGACUGUGAAGAUAAGAAAAAUCCCUCAGGUGUUUCCUAAGGGGACAAAAGAUUUUGCCUUCCCCUUGUGCUGACUUCCCUUCCUGUGAUGGCUACUGAUGAACAGAUCUCCCCUGCCCUGCAGGACUCAUGGGGGGACUUCUGGCUCUUCCGUUUCUUUGUUAAUGCUGCUGGCUAUGCAAGUAUUGUGGUGCCAGGGUUCCUCCUCAUCCAGUACUUCAAGAGAAGGAAUUACCUGGAGACAGGCCGCGGCAUUUGUUUCCCUGUCAUCAAAUCAUGCGUGUUUGGCUCUGAGGUGAAGUCUGUGCACCAGGAGGAUGGCUCCCUGCCACCCCGAGCAGAGCCCACAGAGUCCUCUACAACCCGACAGGUUUUCAAGCUGCUCUUCUGUGCUGCUGGUCUACAGGCCUCCUACCUCACAUGGGGCGUGCUCCAGGAGCGUGUGAUGACAAGAACCUAUGGUGCCACUGAAACAGACCCUGGUGAGAAGUUCACGGACUCUCAGUUCCUCGUGUUCAUGAACCGCAUCCUGGCCUUCACGGUGGCUGGUUUGUACUGUGCUCUGACCAAGCAGCCACGUCAUGGGGCCCCUAUGUACAAAUACUCCUUUGCUUCCCUCUCCAACAUCCUCAGCAGCUGGUGCCAGUAUGAGGCACUCAAAUACAUCAGCUUUCCCACCCAAGUGCUGGCCAAAGCCUCCAAAGUGAUCCCAGUGAUGAUGAUGGGCAAACUGGUGUCACGUAAGAGUUACGAGUACUGGGAGUACCUCACUGCUGCCCUCAUCUCUGUGGGGGUCAGCAUGUUCCUGCUCUCCAGUGCUCCUAACAGGCACGUGUCCACUGUCACCACUUUCUCAGGCAUAGUUCUCCUGGCUGGCUACAUAAUCUUUGACAGCUUCACAUCCAACUGGCAGGAUGCCCUCUUCACCUACAAGAUGUCUCCUGUGCAGAUGAUGUUUGGCGUCAACGUGUUUUCCUGCCUUUUCACCGUGGGCUCACUCCUGGAGCAGGGUGCCUUGCUGGAGUCGAUACACUUCAUGGCCCGCCACUCAGAGUUCACAGCCCAUGCCGUGCUGCUCUCGGUGUGCUCUGCCUGUGGCCAGCUCUUCAUCUUCUACACCAUCAACCAGUUUGGGGCAGCUGUCUUCACCAUCAUCAUGACACUCCGCCAGGCCUUUGCCAUCCUUCUCUCCUGCCUCAUCUAUGGGCAUGCCGUCACUGUUGUGGGUGGGCUGGGUGUAGCUGUUGUCUUCAUGGCCCUCUUCCUCCGUGUCUAUGCCCGCAGCCGCAUGAAGAAGCGCAGUAAGAAGCUUCCACCAGGCGAGACCCCCAUACAAAAGGUCUAA